AUGAGCCUCUCCACUAGUCUGUCGCGAACAGAGGCCUGGAGCCUCUUGGCUCUCGCCGGUGUCUCUGUCGCCAUUGUCGCAAACUCGUUUCAUGGCGAUGGAGAGCCACUCAUGGUUUCUAUCGCCUUUAGUCUGUUCGCAUUUUCCGCCACCUACAGCCUUAUCCGAUGGCUAGGGCCUAGCUUCAUAAAGGUCGGCUUGAAGGGGAGGGAUAUGUCCAAAGUCAAGCGGCCCGAGAUACCUGAGACAAUGGGUGCAGUGUGUGCAGUCGUUUAUUUACUGCUGUUGAUUGCCUUUAUUCCGUUUCCUUUCUACAAAGAUAUUGUUGCCGCCACUUCGGGUGGUGGAAACCGAGACGUCGUCCAGGAGGCUCAGCAUGUCGAAAUGGGACGCUACCUUCAUCGCUUUCCGCAUAAUAAGCUGGCAUCAUACCUGUCAGGACUUCUCUCGCUGCAAGCCAUCGUGCUCCUCGGCAUUGGAGAUGACCUUCUCGAUAUCAGAUGGCGACACAAGGUUCUGAUACCAGCAUUCGGAGCUUUCCCUAUGCUAGUCGUCUACUUUGUCGACUUUGGCGUCACCCAGGUCGUAGUCCCGAUGCCGCUGCGAUCUUAUCUCGGAGAAACUAUCAACCUUGGUUGGCUGUACUACGCAUAUAUGGCCGCCGUGGCCAUCUUUUGCCCUAAUAGCAUCAACAUGCUGGCAGGGAUAAAUGGCGUUGAGGUUGCCCAGUCGCUCGUCAUUGCCAUUCUUCUCUUGAUCAAUGAUUCCUUAUACCUGGCACCUUUCACUCCGUAUCCACACCCGGCGAUGGAUUCUCAUCUCUUUUCGAUCUAUUUUCUGCUGCCAUUUAUUGGAGUAUCGUUUGCUCUCCUCUGCCACAACUGGUAUCCCUCCAAGGUUUUUGUCGGCGACACAUACUGCUACUUUGCUGGCAUGGUAUUUGUCGUUGUUGGCAUCCUGGGGCAUUUUAGCAAGACCCUGCUACUUUUGUUCAUCCCUCAAAUGUUCAACUUCCUCUACUCAUGCCCGCAGCUAUUUCACAUUAUUCCUUGCCCACGCCACCGCCUCCCCAAAUUCAACGCGGCAACUGGCCUGCUGGAUAAUUCUGUCACCGAAUGGGCGCAUCCUCCAUCACCUUUGAUCAAUGUCAUACUCAAGAUUUUGUAUCGGCUACGAUUGGUUGGGCUCAAGACAAACUCAAAGGGCGAAAUCAUCGAGUCAACAAACCUGACCCUUCUCAAUCUAUGGAUCCUCUGGUUUGGCCCGAUGAGAGAGGAUCGACUGGCCCUGCAUAUCGUUUUGCUGCAGACAAUAGUGGGGCUAAUUGCCCUGUUUGUUCGUCACCGGAUGGCGCUUCUCAUCUUUCCAGCGGACAAUCGGAACUUUUUCUCUAAUCCUCCCAUUGCAAACGGGACAAUACCCGAUAAUCUGAAAACCAGCGCUCAAGUCCGAGAAACCUUUGUCUCGGACUCGCUAGCAGCAGCAGCAGCGGAAAUAGAACCAUCAGCCAAAGACAAACCUGCGUUCGAGCUCGAAGACCAUCCAGUCGAUCAUGUGCGCGACAUCAAGGUUGGCAUUAUUGGUGCCGGGCUGGCAGGUAUAACAGCAGCGACGCUGCUCCCAGCAAAACUGCCUGGGAUAAACCUGACAAUCUACGACAAAAACGGCGACGUGGGCGGCACGUGGUUUGAGAAUACAUAUCCCGGUGUCCGUUGCGAUGUGCCUGCUCAUGUCUAUCAAUCCAGCUUCGAGGCCAACUCGCAGUGGACCGAGGAAUUCGCGCAGGGCCAUGAGAUUCGCAACUACUGGCAAAACCUCGCCCAGAAGCACGGCGUGUACAAGCAUUUGAAAAGUAAACAGAAAGUCCUCAGCGCGGAAUGGCUCAACGAGGAGGCGAAAUGGAAACUGACCAUUGAGGAUUUAAACACCGCCAACAUAUAUGAAGAGAAACUAGACUUUAUCGUCUCUGCAAUCGGCCACUUCAACGCCUGGAAACUCCCAGACUAUGAAGGAAUCAAGUCGUUCAAAAACCCACUCUUCCACUCCUCGAACUGGAACCACGACAUUGACCUAAAAGACAAACGCGUCGCCCUGAUUGGAAACGGCGCUUCAGGUCUCCAGGUACUGCCAUCAAUCCAGCCCAUUUCAGGCCACGUCGACCACUACGCACGUAACCGCACCUGGAUAGUCGACUCAUUCGGCCCUUCUGGCGUGCGCCGGCUCGAACCAAACCUAUUCAGCGACGAGCAACUCGAGUCCUUCAAAAACGACCCAAAAACACAUCUCGAAUACCGUCGCAAAAUCGAAGCGGGCUAUUUCCGCCAGUUUGGAAAUAUUUUCAAAGACACACCGGGAAACAAAGGAUUGCGCGAGAAGUGGACCGAAUUGAUGCUUCGUCGCGUAGGGCCCGAAUUGGCAGACAAGAUUAUCCCUGAUUUUCCUCCCAAUUGCCGUCGACCAACGCCAGGACCGGGGUAUUUGGAGGCACUGUCGAAGCCGAAUGUUAGCUUUAUUCAGACACGCAUCCAAAAAUUUACUGAGACGGGUAUUGUCACGGUAGACGGGACUGAGAGGGAAGUUGAUGUGGUGAUUUGUUCCACGGGGGCAAACGUUGAUUUUGCGCCGGCGUUCCCCAUCGUGGCCAACGGUGUGAAUUUGCAAGAAGCCUGGAGGCCAGGCGGUUCGUACGGCUACCCUUAUAUCUAUCUGGGUAUGGCAGCACCAGGGUUUCCCAAUAUCAAUUGGGUUGGUGGGCCAUUAUCUGCGGGUUUCAGUGGAACAGUGCCAAACAGUAUCGAGAACCAAGUGACCUAUAUUGCCAAAGUGAUUCGCAAACUACGCAGUCAGGGAAUCGCCUCUCUGUCGCCUUCGUUCGCUGCAACAAGGGAUUUCAUCGACUACGCCGACAAGUUUUUCCCCCGGACAGUGUGGACUGGAAACAACGACUCCUCCGACAACAGCAAGAAUUGCUCAUCCUGGUACAACGCUGGAAUCCCUGGUGGACGCGUGGUAGGCUUGUUCCCUGGAAGUGCAGCAGCGUCAAAUUAUAUUCGCCGAGACCCAAGAUGGGAAGAUUUUGAGUAUACGUAUACGAAUAAAAGUGGCAAUCGGUUUGCAUGGUUGGGGGAUGGGUGGAGGGCGAGGGAGAAGAAUGUCGCCGAUGAUGAUGAGGGUGCUGCUGUUAAGUUGACGCCGCAUUUGAAGUUACCCGAGGAUGUAGAUUUGAAGUCGCAUUGUGAGGGGUGGUGGGAUGUGUAG